AUGAAACAACUUGAAAUCUCACUCUUCAUCAUCACGAUAACAAUUAUCAUCUUUCUAGUCAGAGUUAUGGACUCUCUCACAAUCUCAAAAAAUCUAGUUGAUGUUAUUGAUGCAGCAUCAUCGAGAUAUAUUGCCUCAAAAGAAUGGAGACAAACUUUGGAUUCUUUUGGAAUUUACUUACAAACUCCAGGUUGUACAAGUCUCCCUCAGUAUCCAUCAAAAUUUGAAUUGUCAAGAAAUUAUUUAACACUUUGUUAUGAUAAUGAAGCAUUUGAUAUUUGGCCAGCUAUUUAUCGAAAGAGUGGGGAGUUAUUGGUUAAUGAAAUUAAACAGCAAUAUAAAUUGGAUAACUUGACUGCUGUAUUCAAGACACUUGACACUACUGCAGGAUAUUUCAGUGUUAUGAAGAAUGCAGUUGAUACUGGAAUUUGUGAUGUUUCUUUAAGUGCUACGGCCAUCAGUGGAGAUAGACCUUCCCAAGUUCAUUUUCAAUUUGUAGUUUCGGAUGGUUCAGUCUUUCAAAGCUAUGCUCAACAACAACUACCAAAGGCAACAAUCAAAUCCAUUCCAGGUUAUGAUGACGCAUGGAAUAUGAUUCUUAAUAAGACAGCUCAUGCAUUUGUUGCUGAUGCUUUGGACCUCUAUGUUUGGGUUAGAUAUCACAAAUCUUCAUGUGCAACAUGUAAAGUAAUUCUAUUCGGUGAUGAGUUGAGGUUUGGAACAUUUAUCACUAAUCAGUUCCAAUCUAGUUCAGUAUCCACGUGGAGGGUUGAGAAUGUGUUUUGGAGCUUGCUUCUUAUUGUCUUUAUGAUGUUCAUCAAUUAA